AUGGGGGACAGCCAGUUAUAUACGCAAGGCCCAGCAGCGGGUGAGGUCAUAAUUGAUAUGAUUGCCUCGCUCGUCGGUGCAUUCCUGCAGCGCGCCGUGAUGGCGCCGUCUUACCGCAUCACUGUGCUGACGGCAGUGGAGGGAGAGCUGGUGCGUGAGGGGCGUCUGCCGCCCACGGGAUUCGGUGGUAUUUACGCCUGUGUGAAGCGCAUUUACACGCGGGAAGGCGUGCUCUCUUUCUUCCGCGGGUUCCUCACUGACGCCGUGUUCGCAGUGCCGUCCGCUGUGGUGGAAGAGCUGAGCUCAUCGCUGGUGGCUGGACUCAUUGAAGGGGUGAUUCCGGUGGGUUUUGUGCAAACGAUGCCAAUGUGGUUGUACGUCACCAUCUCGCUCGCCUCCACCUCCACGGCGGUGUUGUUGGCCACCCCUUUGACGGGAGUACACAACACUAUUGUAACAAACUACGUGGCCGAUAUCGUCGCCCCCACAACGGAAGAAGGAAAAUCAACAACAGAAGAUGAGGUAGAGGAGAAGUACAAGUACGUAUCGCCAACAGAAACCGCGAAAGAUAUCCGCAAGCGGUGGGGCUUCCGUGGGUUCUACAAUGGAGUUGGGCUGGAUGCAAUGGCGGUCUUCCUCUACCGCGGCACCUACUACUAUGCUUUGCAGAUGCUGCCGCUGUCGUUGCAGGAAAAUUAUCCGUACGCCGUUGCCCGCUGCCUUGCCAUCGCGGCUGGCUGUCUCACGCAACCGUUUGAGGUCAUCAGUCGCCGCAUGCAACUCACCGCGUCAUCUAAGACACGAAGGUACACAAGCAUGGUGCACUGUGCCCGCACAAUUGUGGAGGAGGAGGGAUACAGCGGGCUCUGGGCAGGGCUGCGUGCACGGCUUCUGGUGACAUGCGUGGGCAUGGCCGUUGUUGAACUACGCCGUCUUAUUUGA